UCGAUAUGAGCUAAAAAUGUAUAAAUGUUAUGAUUUGAUAAUUUAAAGUUUUAAGCAGAAGUAUAUUUUUGGUUUCAUAUUUGCUGUAAUUGCAAAGUGCAAAAGAAGUUUAUUUUUAUAUGAGUAACGGAGUAUAAGUAUAAGUGCCAGUAAUGGGCAAUUCAGGUCUGAAACAACAUUAUGAGACGGCAGCGAAGACGGGUGUUUUACAAAUAUCUGAACGAAAGUUAAAAGAAAUCCCUUUGGAGGUGCUCAAUUUAUCAGACAAUUUAAGGAACUUAGAUUUAUCGAAGAAUAAAAUUCGUUGUAUCCCUGAUGAAAUUAAUCGCCUGAAACACCUGAAACAACUGAAUCUGAGUACAAACAGUAUCGUUAACUUACCAGAUUCCUUGUUUAGUGUAAAGAAACUUGAAAUGUUGAAUAUUUCCUACAAUAUUAUUGCAUCGUUGCCACAGCAAAUAACUAAUUUGAGUAAUCUAAAACAAAUUUAUCUGAACAACAAUAAAUUUAAAGAGUUUCCAGUACAGUUGUUAGGCUUAAACAACUUGGAAGUGGUUGAUCUUUCCAACAACAAAAUUACUGGAAUACCUGAAGGGAUGAUAAAUUUAUAUGCUGCGGAAUUAAAUUUAAGUCAAAAUGAGAUUUCAAGUCUAAGUGAAGAUUUGCACUUGGCUCCAAAGCUUAAGAUAUUGAGAUUAGAAGAAAAUUGCUUAAGUCUAGAUGCUAUAAGGCCUAGUCUAUUGAGAGAUUCCAAAAUUCAUACAAUAAAUUUAGAUGGUAAUCUAUUUGAAACGAAACAACUAGCAUUGCUUGAAGGUUAUAAUGAAUAUAUAGAAAGAUAUACUGCUAUGAAGAAGAAAAUGUUUUGAUAAAACCAAUUGCACAAUAUUUAAAUUUAUAAACACCAUAUGCUUUAACAUUGAAUACAAGAACACAACUAUUUAUCAUAACGCAAGCUUUACAUCAAUGUUUAAUUAAUUGUAAAAUUAUUUAUUUUUUAACUUUUACUCUAAAUAUAUAUUUU